CACAGACUGGAGCCCGUAUAUGCGCACACACAUAGUAAAGCGAUCUGAUCCUGUGCUGUCGGUGUCUAGUCCGAUGAUACUCGUCAUAUGUAUCCGGGCUGUCAGGAUGAUCUGGUUAGAAAAUGAAUUGAAAGCCAGUUUGGCGUGUUGACAUCUUCGCUUUCAGCUCAUGCAACAUUCCUGGAUCAAGGUUCGGGUCAGGACCGAGUUUCGACGAGCUGCUUUUGUUCAAGUCAGGGUUUGGAGGAAUAUUCUCAACAUCAAAAAGCUUCUGGUGGAAAACUGAAGGAAACGCUCAGAUCACAUGGGAUUUGGAUCAUUCACAUGAUGGAUGUGAUUUCACUGGGAAUGACUCGACAUGGGAAUUAACACACUUGGCUGGAUCUGUCGUCCACGAAUGAACGUGACAUUUGGACUCCUUCUGGCCUGAUGUUGACACCAUGAGCCAUCUGGGAUAUUAAGUGUAUCGUUCACUGGAAUAUUGCUGCCUACAUGCUCACGGCUUGCAGUGCGGAAUGGCAUCGACCGAGAGGCUGUAUGAGGUUUGGAUGCUGUACUGCAAUAAGAAGGAUCCAGACUAUCUGAAGCUCUGGCUGGAGGUCUUCAUUGGAUCCUAUGAGAGAUGUCUGGAUGUGGACUUCGAGAAACCGGCCACCAGGUUGGAGGACACGCCCCCUGUCUUGUCACUGCUGCCUGAUAACAUCCUGCAGGUCUUGCGUCUGCAGCUGCUGCAGUGUGUGCAGAAAGCAUCCGAGGGCCUGGAGGCCGAGCAGCAGACGCUUGCACUACUGCUGCUCAAGUUUCUCAUCGUCAUUUGCAGGAACCUGUCAAACGUGGAGGAAAUCGCUGCCUGUUCCUACAUCAACCACAUCGUCACCAUGACUACGCUCUACAUCCAACAGCUGAAGAGUAAGACUAAAGAGAAAGAGCUUGUUGACCAGACGCAAGCCGAGGAGUUUGUUCGUCACGCUUUGGCCUUCUGCGAGAGUCUGUACGAUCCCUAUCACAACUGGAGGCAUCGCAUUCAUGGACAACAGCUCAGCACUGUAGAAAGAAGCAGACAGAAAUUCAAAGCAGCACCGCUUACAGUAGAAUUUGUGCCCUUCUUUUACCAGUGUUUCCAAGAGAGCGAGCACCUGAAGGACAGUCUUAAAUGUUGUCUUUUGCACCUGUUUGGAGCCAUCGUCGCAGGUGGACAGCGUAACGCUCUGUUUGCCAUCUCGCCGGCCACGAUGGAGGUGCUGAUGGGAGUUUUGAGUGGAGGUGAGUGUCUGACUGGUGAUGGAGAGGACUGGGACAGCGAGGCUCCGGAUAGGAAAGCACUGCUGACGCUGGGCUGUUUGAGAGAGGUGGUGCACAGUCUCCUGGCCAGCAGCUCUGAUCAGAGGCAGGUGGAGAUCAGCUCCGUGCUGGAGAGUUACUUUAAACUGCUCAACUCCGAUCCUGCCGCCACGGCGCAGGUCAAAGGUCGACCCUCCCCUCCUCGCUCCCGGCACUGGGAGAGCCGCUUUGUGACGUUACAGGUGAACAUGCUUGAAACCAUCCAGGACAUGUUUGAGUGCAAGGACCGCCCGGUUUUGCAGGCGAUCUUCCUGAACAGUAACUGCUUUGAGCACCUGACCCGACUCCUGCAGAACAGCAAGCUGGUUAACGCUAGGUGCACAGCUGCAGACAAGGACCAGAAAGAUUUAACCAACAGGUUACUGACAGGAGAGAGUGAGAUUCAGGUGUUCCAAGGAAGGCUCGACUCUCUCGCCGUGGCGACCAUCAAAACUCUCACGACAGUGAUCCUCAAGUCUCCUGCUGCAAAGGAAGUGUUUAAGGAGAGGAUUGGCUACACGCACCUGUUCGAGGUGCUGGUAUCACUGGGCCAACCGUCAAGACACCUCCUGAAGGAACUCAUGAAUAUGGCAGUUGAAGGUGAACAUUCCUCCGUAGGUCUUCUGGGCAUCAGCAAUGUUGACCCUCUUUUGCUGCUCAUCCAGUGGCUUCCAGAGCUGGACUCUGCCGAGCUACAGAUCUUCGCUGCCGACUGGGUCCGCCGCAUCUGCAGUCUGAACCGACGGACGCGAGCCACCUGCGUCAACUCCUCCAUGACCCUCAGAGUUCUGAUGGCUCUGGAGAGGCACGACCGGCUACACCGGGUCUGUGCAGAGAGCCUGGUGGGUCUGCUGGGCUCGCUGGGCAGCCAAUCGCUGAGCUCCACUGAACUCCAGCACCUGCUGAGGCUACUACGUCAGGACGAAUCAUGCCGCGCUCACCCGUACGUGGGUCCCGUACUGAGGGCUCUCCUCGGCAUGGUGCGCAAACAGGGCCUGGAGAGUGCCAUGCAGUAUUUUGACCUGUCUCCGCCUAUGGCUGGCAUUGCUGUGCCGACCAUGCUGCGUUGGCCAGGCUCCGCCUUCAGCUUCUUUGCUUGGCUCUCAUUGGACCAAGAUCAGCUGGGCCUGCCCAGUAAAGGAGAGAAGAGGAAACAGUUGUAUAGCUUUUUCACUCCAGGUGGAACUGGGUUCGAGGCCUUUAUCAGUUCAGCUGGAUUGCUUGUUGUGGCCGUGUGCACCAAGAAAGAAUAUGUCACCGUCAUGCUGCCUGACUACUGCUUCUGUGAUUCGCUGUGGCACAGUAUUGGUGUAGUUCACGUACCCGGGAAGAGGCCAUUUGGCCAAAGUUUGGUUUAUAUUUAUGUGGAUGGACAGCAGAAGUUAACAGCCCCUCUAAAAUACCCAACCAUGACUGAGGCCUUCACGUCAUGCUGUAUCGGUUCCGCGGGUCACCGCACCACAACCCCUCCCCCCUCUCAAAUCCCAGAUCCUCCGUUCUCAGGGGGAAACAUCCCAGGCCGCUCAUCGUUGGGCGGUAUCCUCCCGGGUUGGGCCGGAUUGCUGGGGACCAAGCCUGAAUCGGUCACCAAACUCAUUUCCGCAGGUACUCAGGACAGCGAGUGGGGCAGCCCCACAUCACUGCAGGGGCAGCUGGGAAAUGUCAUGGUGUUCCAUGAGCCCCUUCAAGCCAGUCAUGUCAAAGCUCUAUACAGCCCAGGACCAAACUGUAUCUCUCCCCUUAAGAGCCAAGAGGCUGAGCUCGGAGACAUGGCAAGCAAACUUUUGCUUCAUUAUUCUCCAAAGGCUUGUAAGAAACCAAUAUGUCUGGACCUGUCCCCUAAUAUGCUGCAUGGACGCCUGACGGGAAAUAAAGUGGUUAACUGGGAAAUCAAAGACAUGAUAAACUGUGUCGGAGGUCUCCCUGUGUUACUGCCUGUAUUAGAACAGUUGACACUGUUGACCCCUGAGUUACAUCACGUCGACCCCUCGGGGUCAGAGUUCAUCAGCCCUGACUCUGCAACGCCGGCUGACGGAGACUGGGUCAUGCUGCCCUCAAACAGGGCGUCUGAAGCGAGACUGGAGAAGAAUCUGGUGGCAACAUUCUUGCUGGUGAUCAAACAUUUCCUGCAGAGGCACCCCAUAAACCAGGAAACCCUUUUGCACUCGCAUGCUGUGGCCACGUUAGGAGCUCUGCUUCAGAAGUUGCCUGCGUUCCUGGUGGACGUGAGCGUGCUGGUGGCCGUUCAGCUGCUGAUCGAGCAGGUGACGUAUGAGAAGAACUCGCAGCUUCUGCAGCAGCUGCACACACACCUGCUCUUCAACUUCAACAUCUGGAACCAGGGAGAUUUCCCGCUUCGCAUCGGUCACAUUCAAUACAUGUCCACCGUCAUCAAAGACAACAGGAAGCACUUCAGGAAGAAAUGGGGAGUUCAGUUUCUGCUAGAUACCAUCCGACUUUACUACGGUUGUGGAAGUAAAGAUGGAGAUUUGAGCGAAGACGACGUAAAGACAAUCAGAGCUUCUCUCUGUGGCCUUCUCAAGUAUUACAUCAGCAAGGGCACCACACAGGAGGAGAUCCAGAGCAUUCUGGGAUACAUUGCUGCCACUGGAGAUGAGGAACAGCUGUGCGGGAUAUUAGGUCUGCUGUUGAGUCUUCUGCAGACCAGCGCGUCACGUGUUCAACUCUUCCUGCUGCUGUUUGAACCAGGAGCGGCCGACUCCUGCUACGCCCUGCUGCUCAUCAACAAACACUCAGACCGCCUCAGAGAGCUCAUCUUCAAGUUGUUUGAACGGAUGCUAAAGUGCGAUCGUGUGUAUGAGAAGAAUAAACACAGGUUACGUCUGAGGGAUGGGGGAUAUUCUGGGCUCAGUCUUCUGUUCUCGGAUGUGCAACUCACAUCCACUCUGAUCAAGUGCCUCCUUCACCAAGUGCUCAACACCGAUACUGUGGUGAACUAUAAAGACGUGCUGGCUCUGGUUCAGCUGACCCACAAAGCUGGGCCAAGCAUUCGUCUGAUCGUGUGCAGGAGGCUGUAUGCAUUGUUGCAGUCUCAGCAGGAUGCCGCUCUGCAGAUCUCCAAGCAGAUAUGUUGGCAAGACACCCUGAUGCGUUUGUUUCUCCGGAGCACUGGGAGCGACGGAGGUUCCGGUUCAGGCCGUGGCGACGCCGCCAGCCUGGGGAGUUUCGAGCUGAGCCGCAGCAGCGGAGGAAACCGUCUCGAACCUCUGCUAGACCGCAGGCCGCUGUGUGACAGCAUCGGGAGACUGAACGAAGACCGUGACAACAUCAGUGUCGGAGACCGUAGAUCCAUAGACAGUCUGGAUAAUGGAGAGGUGAUGUCCCUCUCAGAGACCCCGGGGGACGCGGCGACACCCAAAUCUUGGAUUGGGAAGGCUGGGAUUUUGAAUUUGGAUCUUUCUCAAGUGCAUCUGUUCGAUCGCGGGGACAGUGGCAGUCAGACACCUGGAAGCAUGCCCAGCACUCCAUCUCCCAUAGAAAACGCCAAACCUUUCCUUGGAACUUCCUCUUUGAACGAAGACUGCUUCCUGUUUAGUGAUAACAUGUCUCUUGGAGAGUCUUUUAAUAGUGUGGAGCGCACAGAGGAGGAACUAGCUUCCUUGCUGCUGGAGAUUGUGUUGUGUAUCAUGUGGCGGGGCGUGGAGGGCUCGGACGACACUGCAUGGCUGGAAAGGGGGCAAGUGUUCUCUUCCCUUACCAAACUGGGCACCGCCAACGAGCUGCUUCUACCUGUCGAUCACAUCAAACUCAGCCUCAUGGAGAGGAUGUUGGAAUGGGCCGUGACAGACAACCAUGAUGCGACCGCCGCCACGUUACCCCAACACACGGAGAACGCGGUGCGCCUUCUACACGUGGUGCAAGACUUCCUGCAGGCUGAAGGUCUGGUGAACCCCGCGCUGUGGACGGAGAAAGUUCUGGAGGGGACGGUUACUCUCAUGGAUGGGCUGAUGGUGUGGUACACCUCGGGGACGCAGUGGCUCCAGCUGUCUCAGGUGGGACUACGGCUGCUGCUCGGCUUUAUGGCGCAGGUAGAUCCACAGGUGUGCGCCAUGGCAACGGCUAAGCUGAACGGCAUCCUACAAACAAAGACUGUGGACUCUCAGGACGAGGCCUGUUAUCUUCUCGGUCGUGUGGAGGGGAUCCUCAGACGUGCCGUGAGCGAGGAAAGGUCGGAGGAGACGUACUCGUAUUUAGUGCCACUCCUGCGAACUCUCCUGUCCAAAGUCCACAAGCUGCUGUACAUGGAGCUGCACCUCCCCUCUCUCCCCGACACCAACGGAAGCCCGUCUUUCUUCGAGGACUUUCAGCUCUACUGUAAUUCUCCAGAGUGGAGGGUCUACCUGGAUAAAUACAUCAUCCCCUACAUGAAGCAGUAUGAGAUCGAGAUGUUCAGUCAGGGUCAUGAGAACAUGGCUCUGUACUGGAAGGACUGUUACGAGGCCUUCAUGCUCAACUUGCACCGCAGAGACCGAGAGAGAGGAGAGAGCAAGAUACGCUUUCAGGAGCAGUUUGUGGAGCCAUUUAGCCGCCGUAGCCGACAGGAGAACCUGAGGUACAACAGCAUGCUGAAACAAAUCCACACGCAAAACAGCGCCAUCCUCAGGCAGUGGAGAGCAGCGCGCCGAGGGCUCUUCUGUGAAAGAGGGCCGUGGGUGGACAAGCAGCAGAAAGAUGUACAUUGGAAGCUUUCCAGUGCCGAGAACUAUUCUCGCAUGCGGCUGAAACUGGUGAGGAACUACACCUUUGACCUUCACAAGGAAGCCAGCGCCUUGAGAGACAACCUCGGUGUGCAGCAUCGGCAGGUGAACGCUGAGUCGCUUUUGUUGGAAGCGGUCAAACAGGUGAAGGUCAGUGACCUUGAAGACGACAUCCUGGAGCUCCUGGAGGAGGACCCAGCAUCAGCCAAUCAGGCUGAUGCAGAGGAAGCAAGUCAGAAGGAGAAGCUGGUGAUCUCUGAGGACUGCCAGCUUGUCACGGGGGUGGACGUGUAUCCAGGCCGCCUGGAGCUCACCACCCAACACAUUUACUUCUACGACAGCAGCGCAGAGAAAGAGGAAGGUGUGGGUCAGGAUUUUAAAUGGCCUCUGUCUCAGAUCAGAGAGAUCCACCUGCGCAGGUACAACCUCCGGCGCUCAGCGCUGGAGAUCUUCCUCAUCGACCAGACCAACUACUUCCUCAACUUUACAAAGGAGGUGCGUAAUAAAGUCUACAGUCGAAUGCUUCUGCUGCGAUCUCUCUCUCUGCAAGCCACACACUCGCCUCAGGAACUGCUCAAAGCCUCUGGACUCACUCAGAAAUGGGUGAACAGGGAGAUCUCCAAUUUUGACUAUUUGAUGCAACUGAACACCAUUGCGGGAAGAACGUACAAUGAUCUCGCUCAGUAUCCUGUGUUUCCCUGGAUCCUGUCUGAUUAUACAUCUGAAGAGCUGGAUCUGACCGACCCGCGGGUGUUCAGAGAUCUUUCCAAACCUGUGGCGGUGUUGAAUGAGAGGAACGCCAAAGCGGUCCGAGAGAAGUACGAGAAUUUUGAAGACCCCACGGGCACCAUCGACCGUUUUCACUACGGCACACACUACUCAAAUGCGGCUGGAGUCAUGCAUUACCUCAUCAGGGUGGAACCCUUCACGUCCCUGCACAUACAGCUCCAGAGCGGCAGGUUCGACUGCGCAGACCGACAGUUUCACUCAAUUCCUGCCACCUGGCUGACGCUCAUGGACAACCCCAAUGACGUCAAAGAGCUCAUCCCAGAAUUCUUUUACUUCGCAGAGUUCUUGGAAAACCAGAAUGGUUUUGACCUGGGUCGUCUGCAGAUCUCUAAGGAGCGGGUGAAUGAUGUCAUCCUGCCUAAAUGGGCCAAAUCUCCAGAGGAUUUCAUCUACAAGCACCGCAAAGCCCUGGAAUCUGAGUAUGUGUCUGCUCACCUUCAUGAAUGGAUUGAUCUGAUCUUCGGUUUUAAACAGAGGGGUCCUGCUGCAGUCGAGGCCCUCAAUGUCUUCUACUACUGUACAUAUGAAGGGGCUGUUGAUUUAGACGCUAUCACGGACGAAAAGGAAAGGAAAGCUGUGGAAGGCAUGAUCAGUAACUUUGGACAGACACCUUGCCAGCUACUGAAGGAGCCACAUCCUGUACGUCUUUCUCUGGAGGAUCUAGAGAAGAGGAGGUCUCGUCUGGACUCCUGUCCUCUCAUUAUCUUCGAGCAUCUCACUGAACUUAAAUCAUUCUUUGUUGAGGGCAUCAGUGAUAAUGUUCCUCUGGUUAAAGCCGUGGUACCCAAGAACCAAUCACAUUCCUUUAUCUCACAAGGAAGUCCGGACACUCUGGUAACAUUAAGCCAGAAUUGUUUGAUGGGAAUGCAUGGUUGGCUGCCUUACGACAAAACCAUAUCCAACUAUUUCACCUUCAUCAAAGACCCCACAGUCGCCAGUCCGAAGACUCAGAGGUUCGUAGCGGGUCCGUUCUCUCCAGGGGUUGAGGUCACCGCUCAACUGUUUGUUGUAUCUCAUGAUGGAAAGCUGCUCUUCAGCGGAGGCCACUGGGACAACAGCUUGAGAGUGACGUCACUCUUGAAGGGCAAAACAGUGGGGCAGCACAUCCGUCACAUGGACAUUGUGACGUGUUUGGCCACUGAUCACUUUGGGAUUCACCUGAUCUCUGGUUCCAGAGACACCACCUGUAUGGUGUGGCAGGUGCUUCAACAGGGUGGUGCUCCGGUGGGUCUGUCCUCUAAGCCCGUGCAGGUGUUGUACGGACACAUUGAUGAAGUUGUCAGCGUGUCUAUCAGUACAGAGCUGGAUAUGGCCGUGUCCGGAUCAAGGGACGGAACUGUGAUCAUCCACUCUGUGAGGAGAGGUCAGUACAUGCGCUCCCUGCGGCCGCCGUGCGAAAGCUCUCUGCCCAUGUCCAUCAUGCACCUGGCUGUGUCCUGGGAGGGGCAUUUAGUGGUCCACACCUGCAUUGAAGGAAAAGCCACAUUAAAGGACAAGAACGCUCUGCACUUGUACUCUGUUAAUGGAAAACACCUGUGCAGUGCUUCUCUGAAGGAGCAGGUGACAGACCUGUGUGUUUCAGGAGAAUAUGUUGUGAUCGGAAGUGAACAAGGUUUCCUGUCUGUCAGAGAUCUCUACAGCCUGACUCUUUGUGUGUCGCCGAUGGCGAUGCGCGUGCCCAUCAGGUGUGUGUCUGUGACUAAGGAACAGUCUCACGUGCUGGUGGGACUUGAUGACGGCAAGCUGAUCGUAGUGGGCGUCGGCAAGCCAGCGGAGAUGCGUUCUGGUCAGAUCACGAGGAAACUCUGGGGCUCCAGUAAACGUCUCACAAAGAUCUCGUCUGGAGAAACAGAGUAUCACACCCAAGAGCAGCCCUGAGUCCCUGACCCCACCCCCAAAUCACAGCCCUUCCGCCUGAUUGGCCCAAUUUCCUGUCAAUCACCACAAUCUCUCAUUGUUUCAGUUUGAAGGAUGACUCUUGCUGAAACAAUAUGAAGGACUUUUAAAUAACACAGAUAGUACGCAUAUCUGUGUGUGUGGCCAUGUUUCCUUUUUGUAUGUCGUGUGUUAAACCUGUGGUUGGACUGGUGCAGGCACCAUCUAAACUAUAUGUGUCGUAAUUCUGUGACGUGUCCCUCAUGUUGACCCCCAGAACCCGCCUACCAUGCCACACCCGCACAUGCCCCACCCAUUUGAUGUUCAUCAUGUCGAUCACACAGUCAUCUUAAUCAUCACGGUUUUUAUCAUCAAAAUUUUAGUUUUUUUUUCAUUUUGAACGCUUAUGUCUUCGUGCUGAAUAUGUUUGAAGUUUUUGUGUAUUUUUUAUUCAUUUGGUUUCAUUGGCCAUGUUUUACGAUCUCCACGACUGAUCUCAUGUAACCUUUUGGUGGUUUUGUACUAUACAGACUUUAUUUAUUUGCACACUGACAUAAGGUGGACGAUUUUUCACACAUGGAUCAUUUUAAGCAUAAAAAAUAGUCCAAUAGAUAAACACAUACAAGACUUUAUUUUAUAACAAACUGAUGUCUUGUCAACUCUUGCGUAACGGUUGAAUGUGUUGUCACGAAUUACUUGAAUUGUGGUGUAAUUAUUUCAAUGAAGAAUGAGAGAUACAUUUUAAUGUUAUGGAUGUAUGUGUAGCUGCAGUUUUAUAAACUGUUUCAUAAAAAGAUUAUUUUUCAGCACUACAUUUUUUUGUCUUGAUAAAAAAUACGACUAAAGAUGGGCGAAUGUUUCGAAGGGCUUUGUGAAAAAUGACAGCAAGCAAUAUAGUAUGUCUAAGGUUUCUGAAGCAUUCCGCUGUAAAUCGCCGGCUGAUACCCUGCAGUCUUCCUAGUGUUCAAACAGAGCACUACAGAGGGGAGGGACGGUGCUAUGAUACGCAUGCUGUUUCCUCUCCGUUUUAUAUUUCUAAGCCAUGCAGUCUUUGUUUACUAUGCAGGUAAACGUCUAAGCCUUCGAGAGAAUUCUGUUUAAGACAGAUCUUUGAGUUCUUGCUCCUUCAUAUGCAGUUUUUUUCUCUGUUAGAGAUGUGUCGAGUACAGGUGUGUGCGUGUGCAUGUAAUUUUUGUCUGCAGGUUGUGACCCCUUUAAAAAUUACAACGGGGACCCUAGUUUCCACCAAAAUACUGUAGGUAACUACUCUAUAACCAUAAUGCCAAAAGAUUAUUUUCCAUUUGCCAUACUACUUUUGGGAUAUCAGUGGUAACUAUGGUAUGUUGACAAAAACUAUGUAAUUUUACAGUGGUAACUUUCUGUGACCUGUGACAAGAUGUCAUUCCUGUACAAAAAAAGACAGCAAAGUUCAGAAAUGCAAGUGAUUCAUGACAUGUACAUAAGAUAGGAAUACCAAACUUUAGAUCUUAAUUUUUUCAGAUUGCGUUCUUCCAUAAAUCUGCUUUCAGUUUGCAGUGGCACUGACCACCUGAAUAUUAGAUUUGAAGUGGGAUGGGGUAUCCAAGCGGUCCCACUGUUGCUAUGGAAUGAUACCAAAAUCAGUGCUUUCUUUUAUACAUGAAUCCCUCUAGAUGGCUGUUUUAUAUUUGAAUGUGUGUUUUAUUUCUCCGAUUAAGUGAAUGGAGUGCCUUUUUAUUCUCUGACGUCAUGCAGUUUAGAGUCCAAGAUUCAAAUUUCAGCAUGACCUUACGUGACCCCUUGUGGACAGCGACGGUUUCCGGACAGACUUCAGCAGUGACACUUUUGUCACAUCAGACCUGUGACUUACCAAGCUGCAUCGAUUUAGCUGUCACUAAUGUGUGUGUGUGUGUGUCUGUGUGUAUAUCUGUGCUUAUUUAUGAAUCUGGUAUGAAAUGUACAGCAUGAGUUUUAUUUACGUGUCCAUGAAUUGUAUUUUUUUUGCACUUCCGGGUACGACGAAUUGUAAGAAAUAGUUUUAAAUGUUACCUUGAUCUGUACAGAGAAACUGCUUUGUAAAAGUGAAGAUUUAACAAUAAAGCCCAGUUGAAAAGUCA